CACGAUAAUAACCGAUUGACAGUCAGCUGAUGCCUUCUAUUGCUAUUGCUAUUAUUUCGGCGCCUACGUUGUUUACAUUUUUUGUUGUUGCAAGUGUGAUCAAAACGCGCGCCAACCAUGACGUCGAUCGCGUUGAGAAUAUUCAAUUUCCCUCCCAUAUUUACAAGCGUCGACGUGCGGGAGUUUUUACAUCUCUUCGGAUUGGAAACGGUUCGCUUUAUCAAACGUAGAAACGCUGACGGUGCGAUUGUAAGUGUAGACAACGAUUCGGAAGCACGGCUAGUGAUUGCACGCUUACAUCAGCUGCUGAUCAAAACACACCGAUUAAAAGUAGAGUAUUCGAAUGAAGCCGAGCCAAUCUCAACCCAUCCCUCGUGGAAAGAAGCUACAAAACGUAAUACCGUCGUCAGCUCCGAGGAGAGAUGUUUUCCGGUCGCAUUUGAAGGAUUCCCACCGUCACAUCUUUCAUACCGGUACCCCAAAUCGUCGCCGGAAAUAUUGGAAAACAUCACCAACGAGCUUGCUUCGAACACUGCACUCUACUAUCAGACGCUACAUUUGAUGAACAAAAUGAACCUGAAACCACCGUUUGAAAGUCGACAGAAAACGGACCCAAUCACACCCAUAGCGCCGGAAGAAAGUCUCCAAACACAUCCAGCUAGUUUGUCGGAAGAGGAAUCUGAGCUUGAAUCGGAUUCUGAAUUAAGCAGUACUAGAAAGACAAAAGCAACCUUUAACUUGUUAAAACGCACAAUGAAGGUAGUCAAUUAUGACCCUUCUAUGGUAGAACAACAAAUCAUGCAGAAGUCACAGAAAAAGGCCAAACUAGAAAUAAACAUUUCCGGAGCAUCACUGACGGCACCACCACCACAAGGAAACGUUUGCAGCGAUACGGUUUUAGCAUCACCGGAGAUUAUACCAUCCACCCAGGAAGAGGCUCCCACACUUUCGAUGGAUGAUAUUUUAAGCAACCGAAUUCCUGACGAGCAACGAAAAACAUUGAAUGUUUUCCAAAGCUACAGCCCAGGAGAACCGACCAACAAGCUGUACAUUAGGAAUCUCUCCAAACAAGUGGCGGAAGAGGAUCUAAUAGCACUGUUUAGCAUUUUCUUCCAAGGUUCGGAACUGCUCAAAACUAUGGACGUAAGGUUGAUGAAAACGGGAAGAAUGAAGGGCCAAGCUUUUGUGACUUUCGUUCCUGUAGAGGCGGAUGAAGAUUUGCCUAGUAGCAAAAGAUUUCAGAAAUGUAUUGAGCGAGCAAUGAACACAGUGAAUGGGUACAUUUUAAAGGACAAACCUGUGGUAGUUUCUUAUGCAAAGAGUUCGUGAGAAGCAUAAUAAAUUAUGUGAUAAAAGAA